AUGAACCCUCUUAAGAGCAACAACCAGGCACAGCCCGCUGGCCAGGAGAAGAUGGACCCCGUUGACAAAGUCUUCGACGCUGUCACCAAGAAGUCUGGCCAUGACAUGCCUCGUAGCACGGACGAGAAGAUCACCGAUGCUGGUCGUAACAUGUAUGAGAAGGUCACUGGCAAGAAGGUCAAUCCCAAAAUUUCCAACUGA